GUUAAAUUUGAGUGUCAAUUCACUGCACAUGCAAAACUCAUCAAAAAUAUUAUCUAACUGAGCAAAAUCAGGAUGGACCAGCACACUAGGCUGACCUUCAUUUUUCAGGAACAUGCUCAGCGCUUCAUUGGUGUUUUCAGUCAGCGUCGCUCUAGAAUGGAGCAGUUCCUGUCAGAUCUGGAGGAGAGUGCAGUCCAGCUGGACAGGAUGAAGAUGGGGGCCAGUAUCUCCACCGUGGCUGGCAGUUCAGUGGGGAUAGCAGGAGGAGUCUUGUCCAUUGUUGGUCUUGCUCUUGCCCCCGUCACUGCAGGAGUGUCACUGGUUCUGACACUGACCGGUGUCGGUCUGGGGGUGACCAGUGGUGUCAAUAGUGUCGUCACAGGCAUCACUGAGGCAGUAGUCAACAGUCAGCAAGGGAAAAAUGCACAGAACAUUUUCCAGAGAUACAUGGAUGAUGUGGGCAAGAUUCUAGACUGUCUGGAGCAGGCCAGUAGUAGGGAGCCUGAUGUGAAGGGGCUUGCUGGGGUUGAUAUCAUUACAGCUGGAAAAUUGGUAUUUCGUGCUAUAGGUUUAUGCAGUAAUAUUGGAUCCCUGGUAGAUAAAGCACUACAAAUUGAGGAGGGGAUUGUCACAGCAAUCAAAAUUAGCCUCAAUAAUGCAAAAAGUGAACAUAAUAUUACAAAGCACACAGCAAAAAUGCAUGGCCAGAAUUGGGCAGCUGACAAAAGGGAAGCCACUAGCGCUCUCAAAGUUUGCUAGAGGUGGAUUCAUCACACUAAAUGCCCUCUUUAUUGGCGUAGAUGUCUUUUUUAUUGGCAAAGAAAAUAAAAGUCUGGCCAAAGGGAGCAAGAGUGAGAAAUCUCAGCUCAUCUGCUCCAGAGCAGCUCUGUGGAAAUCUGAGCUGGAAGCCUGGCAGAAUAUACAUGAUUCCUUAUGCAUUGGAAUAUGGAGGAAAAGCUAGGAUGUGUUGGAGCAGUCUUUUCUUUUUCUUUUUCUUUUUAGAAAAAUUUAGAAUGUACUUUUCAAGAUUAAGAACAGUUGAGAUGAGCAUAA